CUCGUGUGCACACACUCCCGCUCUCACACACACACACGCAUAUAUAUACAUAUACAAAAACGCUUUUCGUUCGGUUGCCUGUUCGCAUUUUUCUCAUUCUUGCAUAUCGCUUGCUGUAGCUCACUCACACGCUCGUACAUGGAGCUAUAUUUCUGUCUGCCAUCCAAUGUGCAUGAACACCAGUAAGAGAUGCCGAGUUAAAAAUGUACGCAUCAAUUGAAGGAAUAAACAACAAGAAGUAAUAACACACAAAAGAAAAUUCCGUACGAUGAACAUUUUCAUUGAGGAUUCUUGUUUUCGAACCAUGAAUGGAUAAGUGAGUUGACAUCAAAAUCGUAUAACACGCGUUACAUAACAACCCACCCCAAAGACAAAGUUUUCAAAUGUACAUUUUCCAAAAUUAAAGGCUUCCACACACACACACAGAGCACUUGAUUUCAACUGGGAAUCAUUUAAUCGCCUAUUUAUCUGACAAAUUAUUCCAUAUUUCGUGAGCAAAAGAGAGAGAGAAGAGAAGAUAUAUUGGUUUAUUCAACGUUUGGACAACCAAACAGGACGUGUUGCGGUGCCACUGAAGCAUGUCGGUGAAAAUGACCCGUUAUAAGCAGGCCGAUUUCGCUGAUGAAGACACGAGCAGCAUUGGCUCGAGGUCGAUACAUUUAAAUGAAACCACAACCAUCCCAUCAAUGCACAUACGCUAUCACACAACACAAGGGAUUACCUUAUGGCGAACACGAACCAAGUUAGAAAAGUAUUUAAUUAUUGCAAUUUGUAUGUUAGCUAUCGCAUUUGUCGUUUUACUGUUAUGUCUUCGAUCGUCAAACAAUGACGAUGCACACACGCAAUUUCAACAAGGAAUUAGGCCUUGUUUGCAAGAGCCAUGUAUUCAUGCAGCUAGUGAGAUACUGAAUUCAAUCGAUCCACAAAUGAGUCCAUGCGAUGAUUUCUACGCAUUUGCCUGUAAUCGUUGGAUAAAAAAUAAUCCAAUUCCCGACGGUAAAUCAAUGUGGGGCACAUUUGGUAAAUUGGAGCAACGCAAUCAGCUUGUGAUAAAAAAUGUUCUCGAACGACCUGAAUCAUUUUUCAAAUCAAAAGCCGAAAAGAAAGCAAAACUUUAUUAUGAAUCAUGUCUGGAUGAAGAUGAAAAAAUUGAAAAAUUAGGCGCAACACCAAUGCUUGAGCUAAUUGAAAAGAUUGGCGGCUGGAAUGUAACAAGCAAUUCAACCAAUAAAUUUAACAUUGGCAAUUGGUCAUUGGAAUCAACACUUAAAAUUCUACAAAAUAGAUAUAAUAUGGGCGGUUUAUUUGGUUGGGCGGUUGGCGAAGAUGAUCGAAAUUCAUCGCGACAUAUUAUUCAAAUUGAUCAAGGCGGUUUAACACUGCCGACCAAAGAAAAUUACCUUAAUAAAACGGCACACGCAAAAAUUUUAUCCGCCUAUCUCGAUUAUAUGGUUAAAGUGGCCGUUUUACUCGGCGCCAAUGAAACAGAAGCCAAACCACAAAUGCAAGCUGUCAUCGAUUUUGAAACAAAAUUGGCCGAAAUUACCGCUUCGCCGGAUGAACGACGAGAUGAAGAGCUGUUAUAUCAUCCCAUGACAUUGAAGGAACUACAAGAGAAAGCACCAUUGAUUGAUUGGCGUGAACAUUUUGAAGAUGCAUUGCGAAUAGUUAAACGUAAAGUUACGGAAAAAGAACGGGUUGUCGUUUAUGCACCAGAAUAUUUGCAAAAAUUAACAAAAAUUGUACAGAAAUACCAAGAAACGGACGAGGGAAAAAUAGUUUUAAACAAUUACCUAAUGUGGCAAACGGUUCGUUCAUUCACUGCAUGUUUAUCCAAAUCAUUUCGUGAUGCGUACAAAGGUUUACGUAAAGCAUUGAUUGGAUCGGAUGGUGGUGAAGAGCCAUGGCGUUACUGUGUGUCUGAUACAAAUAAUGCCAUUGGUUUUGCGAUUGGUGCGAUGUUUGUGCGUGAAGUAUUCAAUGGUAAAGCAAAACCAAAAGCCGAAGAAAUGAUCAAUAGUGUUCGGUUAGCGUUCAAAGAGAAUUUAGAAAAUCUUGAUUGGAUGGAUACGGAAACGAGAAAAUUGGCCAAUGAAAAAGCCGAUGCAAUAUCCGAUAUGAUCGGUUUUCCCGAUUAUAUUUUAAAUCCACAAUUGUUAGAUGAACGAUACAAAUCGCUGGACAUCGAUCCCAAUUUUUAUUUUGCAAAUAAUGUUAAAUUGAAUAUCUUCAAUUUGAAAAAGAAUUUGGAAAAACUCGAUCAACCAGUCAAUAAAACAAAAUGGGGAAUGACACCGCCAACGGUCAAUGCAUACUAUACACCAACUAAAAAUCAAAUCGUUUUUCCGGCCGGAAUUCUUCAAUUACCCUUCUAUGACAUUUUGAAUCCGAAAAGUUUGAAUUUUGGUGGCAUGGGAGUCGUUAUGGGACAUGAGCUGACACAUGCCUUUGAUGAUCAGGGUCGAGAGUAUGAUAAAAACGGCAACUUACAUCAAUGGUGGAAUAAUAAAACUAUCGAACGUUUUAAGGAACGUGCCAAUUGCUUCAUCAAACAGUAUAAUCAGUACAGUAUCAAUGGAAAACAUUUGAACGGAAAACAAACAUUGGGUGAAAAUAUUGCCGACAAUGGUGGUUUGAAGGCUGCAUACAAUGCUUACAUAAAAUCAAAGAAUGUCGAUGAAGUUGAUGUUUAUCCAUUACCUGGUAUCAAUAUGACGCAUCGUCAACUGUUUUUCAUUUCAUUUGCUCAGGUAUGGUGCUCAGCGGUUACCGAUGAAACAACCAAUUUACAAAUUGAAAAAGAUCCACAUUCGCCACCUCGAUUCCGUGUCAUUGGUUCGUUAUCGAAUUUAAAAGAAUUUUCAACUGAUUUCAAUUGUCCAAUCGGUUCGCCGAUGAAUCCGCGUGAUAAAUGUGAAAUGUGGUAAAUACCGGCAUACCUUAGACGGCAUGGAUGGACUUUGUAUCCCUUUGUGUUACCAAUUAUGCUUUUUAUGUCAUUUAUCUGUAUACAUUAGGGUGUUUCCCAUAUCUGUAAAUAGAAAAAUGGUAUUUUUUAAUUGAAAGUAGACAAAAUUCUAUGCUGGUUAGUAGCAUCGAUACAACAAAGCGAUUUAUAUCAACACUUCCCGAAGCGAAAAACGAUUGUUGCCUCUGAAUAUGGAUAUCAAUCACUCCAUUAUAUGAAUAAAAUCUCAUAGUGAAGAAUACUUACAGAAAAAAACACCUAGAAGUACUUCCUCGAAAUGCUGAGACACAACAGUCAGUCUCAGUUAAUGUAACAAAUUACAAUAUUAAUUUUUGAUUAAUUUUCGAGUACGAAUGGUGAUUGGUGAUGCUUAAGGCUGCUGAUUCGGUUGAACUGCUGGCUGUCGCGGUGAUCGUCUGUCUAAUCCUGCCGGAAUAUCCCAUCCAAACAGCUCACAAUGUCCUAUUCAAAAGUAAACACACACACGGAAAUAAUGUAUAGAUUAUUGGCAGAAAUGAUUUUUUUUCUUAAAUCUAUACAAAUGUCAUUAAAUAUUGCAUACAUAUUUAUCAUCGAGCGCUAAAAUAGAUCAUUCAAAUAGUGUGCAUUUCAUUUAAUAUGUAGAAUAUAUGCAAAUGCAAAUUUCUAAUACACAUCCCGAGUGAAAAAUGGCAUUGAAUUUUUCAAUGCGUAGUGUCAAAUUGCAUUUAAGCAAUAAAUCGAGACCGCAUGGUCCGUGCGCACGUUGAGUGCAUACACCACAUCGCUAUAGCCAUGCGGUGUCGAUUUAUUGCUUAAAUGCCGUUUGACACUACGCAUUGAAAAAUUCAAUGCCAUUUUUCAUUCGGGAUACCUUUGAUGAGAAUGCAUUUGGCGGCGACGAUAUCACGAUCCCAAGAUGUCUUGUGUACAGCCAUUAGUAGUUGCUCGUCUUCGAUUUCCAAUUCAUUUUCAUCAUCGACUGCAUAUGGCUGUUGAACAGUUGCAUACGGUGCAUCAGCAUUGACUUGAGCAUAUUCCAAUUUACCACUCACUGUGUUUACUUGCCAAUUUUUUGGAUACACGGCCACCUUAGACAGUAAACGUUCAGCAGCAAUAUCGAAUUCUUGCUCAGUCAUGAGUCCUUCUGCCCAAAAUCGCAUCAAAUAAAGUUCAACCUCAUCUUUGUUGUACCUCAAUUGCCGUUUGCUGCGCUGUGCUACGAUUUUUGAUGGUAAAUAUUCGGCGAAAAUUGAAUCGGGCUCCGCUCCACAAUUUUCACACACUUUGAAUCGAUGGCUCCUUGUGGCUGGAUUAAAUCGUCGCCCACACUUUGCACAAUGCUGCGAUGUACCCCACUCAUCUGUUUUGCGCACACGACAAUUGCGACGUUUUCGAAAGCCUUUGAGUAGUUUGCGCGUACCUGGAGCUCUCACAUGCUUUUUGAUUCGAAUGCACGAGUUUGGUGAUAUUUCUGCAUUUCCCAUGUGAAUAAUUGCGGCUUUAUGAUUGACCAAAUUCCCAGUGAGUUUAUCAACGGUUCGAUUCGAUUCGACGUACUUGUCAAACUGCAACAGCGUGUAUUUCGGUGUUGUAUACACGGCCAUUCCUUUCUUGAGCAUUUUGAUACGAUGAUGAACGUAAUCAAUCCAGAGUAUGCCCAGUGGUGAUGGCAUUCGCUGAUACAAUUGUCGAUUAUUUCGAUCGUCCUGCUCCUCUUGGGUGAACUGCUUCGUCCAUCGUUUUGCCUUUACAUCGCGCGUCUUCUGCUUUGCCAGCCAAUGGUACUUCUUACUGGACGUUUUCAAGUUGACCUGAAAUGGAAAAGUGAAGAAAAAAAUUAUUCACGUAACUGUAUCACUUUCUAUUUCUCAAUAAUGCCAAAAAUUUAAACACUUACUUCUUUCUUUGUUUCGAUAUUUCGACGAACUGUGGCAUUCCAUGUUUUCAUGCCUGGAUCGAUUCCCAGUUCGUAAGCAAAUUUUCCGCCGAUGAAUUGCUUUCGAAGAAUAUCAUCAUUCUGCAUCUGUUGCUCGUAUUGCUUUGACAUGCGAUACAUAAUCGACACAGAUUCACCGUUGCUGACGAUGGUAUAAUGGAAUUCUUUGUUUUUCUUCAGUUUUCGAUUGAUGGUCGUAAAAUCGAAUACUUGAUUCCAAUAGAAUUCUUUGUUCUGGCGAAGGUAACUUUCGGUUGCUUGUCUACCAUCAACUUGUGGAAGUAGUUUCGAUUCGGCCAGCAUUCGAUAGAAGACAUCAUUGCACAUGAACACUGCCUUUCGUUGAUAAUCAGGCAAUGGAACAACCGAGAGAUUUUUGAUAUUUGGUAUCUUCACAUUGUUAUCUUGCGCCCAAUUGUGCCACUCAUCGAUUUCUGUCUGCAUAACGAGCCACAUUGCAGUUGCUUUGAACCAAUAAUCGCCUUUUGAAAAAUCCUUGAUGUUGUGAUCAUUGGUUGGGCCACCAACUUCUCGAACAAUUGCAGUAACCAUGCCAGUAAGUAAUGUUCGCUUGUGUCGUUUGAAAUCUGCAUUUUGAUGAGUGUCACGGAUCGCAUUGUAGCCUCGAAUCAUCAAAUCGACUGCAUUGUCAAUGUCCUUCUUGUCGAAUUUCCAACCGGUAGACACUGCGUUGAAUUGCCACGCUCGCAUUCGCAGAUAGUUUUUCAAUUUCUUCUUGCAGUGUGUCUUUUGACCGGUUUUCAAGCAUCGCGUGUGAUUUUGGCACAGCGUUUUAAAAUGAUUACCAAAAUAAUCGUUCUUGGGCCAGGCGAAAUUAUUUUCUGGACUGAGCUCUUCGACAAACUGACGGAAAUGUGGCUCCAUAUUCUCACCUUCUUUGUUUUUUUGCAAGACGGCAUAGAAACAUUGCUCAAUCACUUCUUCGCCACGAUUCUUUUCAACGAGCUGUCCUUUCUUCUUUCCUUUUUUGGCCGGAUACGUUCGGUUUUUAAAAAACUCCCACUGUCGAUUCAUUUGUGCCGAUUUCACUUUAUCCAAGAAAAGUAAUGAUGCCAAAACGGUGAUUUUCGUUGACAUUAUGCUUUUCUGUUCGAUCCACGGUUUGACAAUGUGAUUGAACUCUGGUCGCAAAAUUGUGUUGAGGCGCAUUUUAAUCGCGAACAAUCCAUUAUCGUUUACAUCAUCAUCAGCAUCCUUUUCUUUUUGCGCAUUCGUUUGAAAUUUGUAUCGCUUUUUUCUUGGCGCUGUAGCAGCCGUAGUUUCACCAGUCGUUGACAUGUUGAACUAAAACGAAAUAAAAAAAAACACACGCGCAACUUAGAACACAAAUAAAAUGACAAAUAUAUUUUCUGCACUGUGUAAUUUUUGUAAAUGAAUUGAAUCAAUAGGAAGCACUGAAUAUAUGGGGACAAAACUGACACUUGAUGUUACCUGAUUGAAUGUUAAGCGUGAAGUGAUUCAAAAUCGACAAAUUGAGUGAUAUUAACUCUUUUGAAUGCAACAUAUAAAUGCAAACCACACCAACACGGUCCCAAGUUGAAUCGAAAUAUUUGCAGUUUCAGCUUGUGAAUGUUUUGUUAUUAUCAAAACUAAACAAAAUCAAACACAAAAUUCACCGCAAAUAUCUCGUUUGAAAACAAUCGGUUGACAAUGAUUCCAAUAGAAAACCGCCAACAGCGAAAAAUAAACUUCUUUGAAAGCAAGAAACAAAUAUAACAUACACUGACACAAUCCAAAAAUAUGUUUUAGCACUUUUAUCAAUCGAAUCCAAUGAAAUUAUGACGAUGCAAAUUCAAAUAAAAAAAAACAUUGAUUCUGACAAGUUUCAACACGAUCGUUUCAUUUGAACCAACACACUUCUCCACAUUCCGAUGGUUAUGUGUCGAAAGCAUUCUUAAACUGCACACAUUUUUUGUUUAUAAAGCGUUUGAAUAAGAAUGUAUGGUACGGAACCAAUAAACGGAAUCACAGUUUGUAUGUAAACACUUAAGAGCAAAAGAAACGGAAUGAUUAUUAUUAUUAGCCUAUCGCGAUGGAUAUAAAUGUGUAUGUGUUGUAUGGACUGCUUGGUUCAAAUCAUAAAAUGAUUUUACAGGCCAAAAAAACAGCUGACACAGCGAACAACACGAUUCUGAAAAUGCGUUGAAUAUAAAUACUUUCUUUUGUUUAUUUAUCGAAUUCUAAAGAAUCGCAACAAUAUUCUAUCAAAGCGAACAGUGUCGAUAUACGUGCAAACAGCAAAGAGAAUUGUACUUCAAAUUCUAAUCAACUAUAUUUUCAGAUAUGUUUUCGUUUCGGGAAGUGCUAAAAUCAAUCGCUUCGUUAUAUGAAUGCCAUUUACUAUCAUAGAAUUUCGCCUUCUUUGAAUUAAGAAAUACCAUUUUUUUAUUUGCUGAUACGGGAAACACUCUAGUAUACAUAUAGUCUUAUUUAGUAUGCAUGUUUAUGUACCAGAUUUUAUAGCUGCCAUAUUUUAUGACGAUGAACAAAGUCAAAUUCCAAAUAUGCGUUAAAUAUAAUUUUAUUAUAUUCAUUUUAAAUAUUAAAAACACAAAUUUAUCUCUUUUCCGAUGAAGACAGCGUGGGGCUUGCAGAAUGUUGUCAUGAUCUAAUAUAUAGUGUGCAUGAUUUCAAAAUAUGAAUGAUUGAUAAUGUCAAAACAAAUCGAUUUUUGAUACAGAUUUCUGGUGAAUGUAAAAUAUUAGGUCAGCACAAUGUGAAUAAUUUUCGGUUCAUGAUUUGAUUUUUGGGGGUGGAAAAAUGAACUUCAAGUUUUUGAAAUCAAGAAGAACAUUUCAGUUAAUUUCAGACAUUUUGAACAAACAACCUUUAUCAAAUGGCCUUUAAGUACAAAAAUGGUGCCGCUCAUAUUUCUGCCGCCAAAAACAGUUCUAGCGAAAAUUGUCGAUUAUAUUUUCUGAGCUAUCCUUUUGUCUGUGUGGACAGGUAAUAACUUAUAAAGUUAUUUAAUUGGCUGAUACAUAUUUAAAUGUGAUUGUAAUGCACACACACACACACACAUACAUACAAAAUUAAUUUAAUUGUCCACUAUAAGUGAAAAUGUAUUUUAUACAUAGUGACAAAUUAUAUUUUAUACCAAAAAAAGAGAAUGAAAAUAAGCAGACAGAAUUAUCCAUUUAAAGUUGACAUGACAUAUUCGUUUCCCAGUGCAAUUUAAGUAACAAAAAACCAAAACCACACUUAAAAUAUAAGAAUCACACACAAAUCACUUGAACUCAAACACCAAACAUAAACCGUGCAGAAAACCGAAUUUUAAUGGAAUAAAUAGCACAAAGUACAUUAUAUCAACAGUCGAUCAAUAUGGACCGUGAAUUAAAUUACGCUUGUAUAUUAAUAAAGAAAAGAAAUGUUAUCAUUUCUAUAUUUGGAGACUAUAGCACAAAAAAAACCAUCAACAAAACAAUAAAACUACAGAAUCAUUCAGAAAGAAA